AUGACUUCAAACCCCGACGAGGCCUCCUCGAGGCCAAGUGUAGAUGGGGAGGUCGGAGAAGGGCAGCAGCGGCUAUCCGACUUCGACACGGCAACCUCCCGCACACCGACUUCCAACCGCGGGUCGCCGUUAGAACCCGGUGGCGGCGCCGCCGAGAGAGUUUAUCCCAUCCGAUCGAUCAUCUCCGUCGACACCUCGUCCAACAGACAACACCCGCGAGACGUGACAUCGCCUACGAGGGGACCUGCGACAGGAGCCAGGCAGCUGUCCAUCAUUGAUGCCCAGACCUGGGGCGAGUUGCAAACCCAGCGGAAUCCGACAACCGAGGCCCCUCUUCCCGACAAUGACACCCCAGUGCCUUCCAGCGACUUCCCGGAAAUCCCUGCUUCGUCCUUGGGAGGUGAACAACAACUACCGGCAAGCCACGACGUCGACGAUGCCAGUAGGAGGUCUUCCAGUCAGAACAUGGACUCAAGGGAUGACCACGAGAGCUUGAUCACCCAACGAUUCAAACACAUCUUCACGGAACAAGGUCAUGCGAUCAUCACAGGGAGAACUCGCAGCGGCUUCAUGGCCUGCGAAGAUGAGCCGAUUCAUACCCCCGGUGCGAUACAGAGUUUCGGUGCCAUGGUCGCGCUGCGUGAGGAAUCCGACGGCAUUCUGGCAGUUCGCGUCGCCAGUGAAAACACCAAGCAUAUACUCGGUUAUUCGCCAAGGAGACUCUUCGCACUCGAGAGUUUCACCGACAUCAUGCUGGAAGACCAGGCCGAUGUUUUGCUGGACCAUAUUGACUUCGUUAGGGAGGAUACCUACGACCCUUGCGCGGACGGACCGGAGGUGUUUAUAUUGUCUCUUUUUGGACCUGUAGGCCGACCGAUCCGGCUCUGGUGCGCCAUUCACGUCAAUCCCGCCAAUGAAAACUUGAUUAUCUGCGAGUUCGAGCUAGAAGACGACAGAGUUAACCCCCCGAACCCUGCAGAACAGUCGAUGACCACAACGCCAACGGAUACCCUUGGUGCUAAUUUCACGCCCGAGCAAUUGGCUUCUAGCACAAUGAACGUUAGCCAACCCCUUCGGGUACUUCGGAAAGCGCGCGGUCGUCGCGGUGAAGCAGCGGCCAUGGAAGUCUUCGGCAUUAUAAGCCAGAUUCAGGACCAGCUCGGUCGUCCCGAGACUUUGGAUGCGCUCCUCAACACGACCGUCGGAAUCGUCAAAGAACUGACCGGAUUUCAUCGGGUCAUGAUAUAUCAGUUUGACGUCGACUGGAAUGGCAUAGUGGUGGCCGAAUUGGUAGACCCUAGCACCAGCAGAGAUCUAUACAAAGGACUCCACUUUCCCGCCACGGAUAUCCCUAAGCAAGCUCGCGACCUCUACCGGAUCAACAAAGUACGCAUGCUUUAUGACCGUGUCCAGGCCACCGCUCGUUUGGUCUGUCGGGCAAAGGAAGAUCUGGAACGUCCUUUGGAUAUGACACACUCCUACUUGCGUGCCAUGUCGCCCAUUCAUGUCAAAUACCUAGCUAACAUGGGGGUUCGCGCAUCCAUGUCAAUUAGCAUUGACGGGCCGCACGCUCUUUGGGGCUUGAUCUCGUUACAUACGCAUAGUGAGUAUGGCAUGCGAGUCUCCUUCCCGCUCCGAAAAAUGUGCCGCUUAAUUGGCGACACUCUAUCACGAAACAUCGAGCGCCUUUCCUAUGCCUCCCGCUUACAGGCGCGCAAACUCAUCAACACCGUUCCUACGGACGCGAAUCCUUCGGGGUAUAUAAUCGCAUCGUCAGAUGAUUUGCUGAAGUUAUUCAACGCAGACUAUGCCGCUCUGUCUAUCCGAGAAGAGAUCAAAACUCUGGGUGGAUCCACGCGUUCACAGGAAGUUUUGGCUCUGCUGGAAUAUCUUAAAGUCCGCAAGUUCAAUUCCGUCCUUGCUUCUCACAAUGUGAAAAGGGACUUCCCCGAUCUGCAUUUCCAACCUGGAUUCAAAACGAUUUCGGGCAUGCUGUAUGUGCCAUUAUCAACGGACGGUAUGGACUUCAUUGUCUUCUUUCGCCGAGGGCAGCUAACGGAAAUCAAAUGGGGCGGGAAUCCCUACGAGAAGAAGUUCGCCGGGGACCAUUUGGAGCCACGCGGCAGUUUCCAGACUUGGAAAGAAACGGUUUUGGAUCAGUCCCGGGAGUGGACUGAGUCGGAAGUGGAGACAGCAGCAAUUAUGUGCCUCGUGUACGGCAAGUUCAUCAAAGUGUGGCGGCAGAACGAGGCCGCUUUGCAAGAAUCGCAAUUGACGAAGCUGCUAUUGGCCAACUCCGCCCAUGAAGUCCGAACCCCGUUGAAUGCUGUGAUCAAUUACCUGGAAAUCGCCUUGGAGGGCACUCUUGACAACGAGACACGUGACAACCUCACCAAAUCUUAUUCAGCUUCCAAGUCACUCAUCUAUGUUAUCAAUGAUCUUCUUGACCUAACCAAUGCCGAAAAGGGACAGAAUCUGAUCAAGGAUGAAUCAUUUGACCUGCCCUUGACUUUUAGAGAGGCAACUGACCAAUUCCAGUCAGAAACCCGGCGAAAGGACAUUAAUUUCACCGUUUUGCAACACCCGGGGCUUCCGAAGGUUGUAACGGGGGAUCAGAGGCGUGUCAGACAGGCCAUCACGAAUUUGAUCUCUAACGCAGUUCAGCAUACAUCUGCAGGGGAUGUCACUGUGGAGAUAUCUCGUGCGCCCGGACACGCUGAUCCGGGCACUGCUGUGGUACAAAUAGUGGUCCACGACACUGGUUCUGGGAUGUCCCAUGACACACUCGAGACGCUUUUCCAAGAAUUGGAACAAAUUUCUGAAGUGAUCGAUAAUGACGUUUUCGAUCGAGAAGAAGAACCAGAGUCUCUGGAUGCAAUCAUGGAUAAGCAGGAUAAGCAGGAUAAGCAGGUUUUGGGCUUGGGGCUCGCGCUGGUGUCUCGAAUUGUUCGUAACAUGCAUGGCCAACUUAGUGUUCGAUCAGAAGAGGGCAAAGGCAGCCGUUUCCAAAUUUCGCUUCAGUUCACAAUCCCGGAAGGUGCGCCUCCGUCCAGUCGCCGGGAAUCUCACAUACCGAUUUGCACUAUCGAGCCGAAGACGCCGCUACAGUCGAAAGAGGAGUUCAUUCUCGUGGACGGACGGUCUCCUCCCAGUGACAAGAGACGCAGUGACGCCGGUCAGGGGAGCGGGAUAAGUCUGAAGAGCUCGAAAAGUGAUUCUGGAUCGGUCACUAAGAUACCAGAAGACCCAAAAAUAACCGAAAUCAUCCCAAGCAAAGGCCCUGAGGCACAGGAUACACCCGAAAAUGUUUCGCAAAAACAAGAUAACGAUGUUCCGCCCACCGACGAAGCACCAAUCUCCCAAGAACCCGAUACUCAGGAUCCACAGCCCGGUACCGAAGAACCUGGUGAGCCCCCGGUCCCUUCUCAAAUUGCGCCUGAGGAACCAGAUGGACCACCACCAGUCGAGCAAGCCCCAGAAACUCAGCCAAACGAAAAGCCCGCGGAGCCUCCUGCGCCAGACCUGCCAUCUCUCACCAGAACUCUCCGCGUACUUGUUGCGGAGGAUGAUCCGAUCAACGGCAAGAUCCUGCAGAAACGACUCACUAAAAUUGGCCAUACCACGGAAUUGACUAUGAACGGCGAAGAUUGUGCUGCUGCGUAUCGUGCCGAUCCUGCAGCAUAUGACGUCGUCUUGAUGGACAUCCAGAUGCCCAUUGUCGACGGCAUGAAAUCCACUCAAAUGAUUCGCGAGUUUGAAAACGAGUCUUCGGCAGAUAACUUAUCUCCUAUUUCGAACCGGAACGGCGGCCGAAUCCCAAUUUUCGCUGUCUCCGCCUCUCUCCUAGAGAAAGAUUCACAAUCAUAUAUCGACGCCGGCUUUGACGGCUGGAUCAUGAAACCCAUCAACUUCACCCGACUCAACUUCCUGUUGGACGGUCUUCAACUCGACGACGCUCGAAACAGCGCAACCUACCAGCUCGGCUACUGGGAAAACGGCGGCUGGUUUAUGGAACGAGAAACGAAAUAA